GUUAAUGAAUCAAUUAACUUUAAAAUCAAUGCCGUUCUGACAGAAGUUCUGAGUAAAAGGCAACUGAUGCGAUUCUAGGCUAGUACAAACAGACCCAACCGGAUCAAAGUUCAACCUAGUGGAGUCGAGCCGAGAAGAAUGCUGCAAAUAGAUUAAAUUGAGAAUUUAAUAUUCAAAAUAAAGAUUUGGAUUGAUUUAAGCCGAAUCGUGACUGAAGUCACUACUAGUGAGUAGCGCGUGAGAAGCGUUUUAAUGAGCGAACGCAGCCUAUUUUCUCUCACUUUACUGGAAGACUGAAGUCCUAAAUUGUUUACGUACAUGACCCGUAUGUUGGUUUUAUUCUUUAGUGAUUUCUUUUGAAGCGUGUGCAGGAUUGUUGCAGUUGCAUAUAUCAGCACGUCGCUUGUCUCUAACAAACAGCAUGACAAUUUGCUUCCUUUGAAUGAUUUGGAAACUCUAGCAGGCGGUGGUUUGAUUGUAUUUUCGAAUACUUGAGUUUUGCUGACCUGAAGAUUCUGUUUUGAAGAUGUUGUGGAGGUUUUCUGCGUUUCUUACACGUUGCAUUAAAACUUCAUCCAGCAGACACUGCAAAAAAGACAGUCUGUUUACCAUCCAUCCUAAUGUGAAAGAGGCUUUAGCAGAUCACAGGCCAGUUGUGGCUCUGGAAAGCACUAUUAUUACACAUGGAAUGCCUUAUCCUCACAAUCUCAGCACAGCAAAGGAAGUGGAAGCUAUUGUGAGGGCUGAAGGUGCAAUCCCAGCAACCAUUGGGAUUCUUGAGGGGAGGAUUCACGUGGGCCUUUCUUCAGAUGAAUUGGACUUCCUGGCACAAAACAAAACAGCACUAAAAGUGUCCAGAAGAGACCUUCCUUAUGUCAUCAGCAAGGGUCUGUCGGGUGGCACCACUGUCUCCGGUACAAUGAUUGCGGCUCACAAAGCUGGGAUUCCUGUCUUUGUAACUGGAGGCAUUGGAGGAGUACAUAGAGAUGGAGAAAACUCCUUGGAUGUGAGUGCGGACCUCACUGAACUGGGUCGAACACCUAUUGCUGUUGUGUCUGCUGGGGUGAAAUCCAUCCUAGAUAUCGGUCGCACUCUUGAGUUCUUGGAAACUCAGGGUGUAUGUGUGGCCACAUACGGAGAUUCAAAAAGCUUCCCGGCUUUCUUCUCUCGGCAAAGUGGAUUUACUUCUCCUUACCAUGUCUCCAGUCCUCAAGAAGCAGCAGAUCUUAUUGGCAACACACUAUCUCUGGGGCUGCAAAGUGGUCUUCUGUUGGCCGUUCCCAUCCCAGAGGAACAUGCAGCCACUGGACAACAGAUAGAAGAUGCCAUACAAACAGCUGUGACCAAGGCCAGCUCAAAAGGUGUCACAGGAAGAGAUGUCACUCCUUUUAUCCUUCAGCGAGUCAGUGAGCUGACUAAAGGGAAGUCCUUGCAAGCCAAUAUAGGACUCAUCCAUAACAAUGCCAAGGUAGGCAGUCGGAUUGCAUGUGCACUUUCUAGACACAAAGAAAAACGUGGAGGCAACUUCAGAGGUGACAUUAAGACCCAAAAGUCAAAGGAACAGAGAAUGGACCCCAAAACUAUUGUUAUCGGUGGAAUAAAUGUUGAUUUCAUCGCUAAAGGAACAACAGAGAAAUUGGUGUUUGGUCAGACAAAUCCAGGAAGUGUGUUCCAGUCAUUUGGAGGAGUGGGCAGAAAUAUUGCUGAUUGUUUAAGCCGAUUAGGGUACAAACCGCUCUUCAUCUCUGCCAUCGGCAAAGACUCUCAUAGUGACGGCGUGUUAAACUAUUGUAAACACAUGGAUACAAGUGCAAUUGCCAGAUUACAGGACCAAAGGACUGCAACCUAUUGUGCUGUCAUAACUGAGUCCGGAGAGUUGAGCCUGGGAUUGGGAGACAUGGACAUCCAUCAGCAAAUACAAGAGCAGUAUGUAUCUCAGUUUGAGGAUAAGCUUGCAUCAGCAUCUCUUGUAGUUCUUGAUGGCAACAUUCCGGUUUCAACCAUAGAUUAUGUGUGCUGUAUCUCCAAGAAUCAUGCAGUCCCUGUCUGGUUUGAGCCCACGGAUGCAGAUAAGGCCUGUAAGCCCUUCCUGUCAGAGAGCUGGAAAGCCCUGUCCUACACCUCCCCCAACCUGGCUGAGCUCUGCACCAUGAAUCAUACACUAGGUCUGCCCACUCCUACAGAGUUGCCCAGAUCGCUUGAGGAUGUAUUGGGCUGUGUACCGGCUCUCUGCCGCCCCCUGCUGGAGCAUCUACAUUGUGUGGUGGUCACUUUAGGUUCGUUAGGUGUGUUGGUGUGUGGAGAACAUGAUGCUGGAACUGUCAAUUUGCAGCCACGAAAGCAAAAACGGAAGGGACGACUGUGUGCUGUUCAUUAUCCUGCGCUGGCUGUGAGCUCUAAAGAAACAGUAAAUGUGUCUGGAGCUGGUGACAGUUUUGCUGGAGCAAUGAUGGUUGGGAUCCUACAAGUGGACACUGACAGCUGCGUGCGUAUGGGUCUCCUUGCCGCCCGCACGUCCUUGUUGUCUCCUCAUCCAAUAGAUCCCUCUCUGACAGCCGAUGUCAUCCAUCCAGAAAAGUCGCACUCUCAGCCGUGGUCAAAGCCUACAUGUAUGUGGAUGGAGGACUGAAAUAAAAUCUAAAAGAGGCAGAAAUCUUACCUGAAAGGCAUCUACAGUCACACAGUGCAUCAGAUGGUACAUAUGCUACAUUCGCGGGGUUUUAUGGCAAACAAACUCAAUGAUUGGUGCGUACUGAGGAGUUUAUGUUGUGUAUGCAGCUUUUAAGUGUGUUUUAAUUCACUGAAGUUAAACAUUGAUUUAUAGUUGAAAUUAAUAGAUCUAAACCUCUAUCACAUUGAGCUUAUCGGUAGUGGUGGACUUCAUCAGCAAUGUCAAAAUCCUACCUCAUGACUGUACUAAAACAUUUCUGUUUUUAACAUUUUACAAUAUUAUAACAUGCUUGUGAUGAUAGCUGGUAUUUUUAUAGAAGACCAGAGUCUAUUUUUUAAUUACUGGUUUUUAAUUAUCUCCAUUACAAUGUUUUUGCAUUGCAUUUUAAAUUGUGGAAAUUAAAAUAAAAUGUUUUUAUAAUUUAAAAAUAUGUAUUUUAAUAUAAUUUUCUUUUGUGAAUAAUUUUGAAUUAUUGUAUAAUUAUUAAACAUUGUUUUAUUAUUUCAUAUUAAAUUGGAGAGUACAUUAAAUUUAUACAUUACUAUUUGGGUGAACUUCAAUGAAUAUGAUACAUUUCAAAUAAAAUUGAUAUAAAAGCAA